AUGGCGGUAGAAAACCACAAGCCCGGCUUCGUGGCGGAAACACAAGCCAAUGAAGAAAGUGACAAUGAGUUCAAUACUGCGCCGAAGCUCCCUGAUCAAUUUGCCGAUGAGAGUUUUAAGUUAUUCUCGAAAAUCCAAGUCACAGACCCGACUCCCGAAGAAGCAAUACAGAUUCGCAACAAAUGCUUAUGGCGGAUUUUGCCCUUUCUUUGCAUUGGAUAUCACUUGAUGUAUGUCGACAAGCAAACGCUUGGAAGUUCUGCGAUCUUAGGAAUCAUGCAAGAUGCGCAUCUAAACUCGAACCAAUAUAACUGGCUCUCUUCGAUUUUCUAUUUCGGGUAUCUUUUGGCUGAAUGGCCACAGAAUUGGGCGUUGCAGCGGUUUCCUGUUGGGAAGUGGCUGGCUGGCAAUUUGAUAGUAUGGGGCGGAAUCACCCUCUUGCAUGUACCUUGCAACAGCUUUGCGUCUCUUUUUGUUGUUCGCUUUUUCCUUGGGGUAGCAGAAGCAUCCAUUGUUCCAGCAUUCCUCCUUUCCAUGUCCAUGUUCUUUACCUAUGGCGAGCAGGCCGUGAUGAUGCCGGUUAUGUGGUCAAUUGGUAAUGCGAGUCCUAUCACGUCGGGUUUGCUGUCUUAUGGUGUACUUUGGAUUGAUACGGGCAGCUUUUCUCCGUGGAAAUGGUUUAUGGUUAUCACUGGUGUCCUCACAGUCAUUUUCGGUGUCUUUGUCUAUCUUUUCUUUCCUGAUAGCCCUAUCCAUGCCAAUUUCCUGACACACGAGGAACGUGCAAAGGCUAUUUUACGAAUCAGAGAAAACCAUUCCGGAAUUGAGCAAAAGAUUUUCAAAAAAUAUCAGUUUAUCGAAGCAAUUCAAGACCCCAAAACAUGGCUCUUCUUCCUACACGCCUGGUCUCAGGAAAUGGCAAACGGAGUAACAAAUCAAUACUCACUGAUCAUCAGCUCAUUUGGUUUCACUGUUCUUCAAACAACACUAUUAGGAACGGUUACGGGAGUCGUAUCAUUCUUUUCUCUCAUAACAGCUGCGAUCACAUUGUAUCACACCAAGAACUGCCGAGCAUGGAUAUCACUCAUUGCAUACAUUCCAGGUGCUCUUUCAAGUAUCCUUCUACUAGCCUUGCCCUGGUCCAAUCGAUGGGGUCUCAUCGCUGGAAUCUGGAUUCGAUCUACCGUCGGCAUCCCAUAUGCCGUUGUGAUGAUCUGGGCUGCCAAUGCGUCGGCGGGUCAUACGAAGAAAACUACCGUCAUUGCGCUUUAUCAUAUUGGAUAUGGACUGGGAAAUAUUAUCUCUCCGCAAUUAUUCCGGCCGGAGUGGAAGCCUCGGUACAGACCAACUUGGAUUAUUUUGCUUGUGGUCGCUGCAAUCCUUCCUUCGAUCAUUAUUAUCGUGCUCCGGAUCUACCUAAGCCGAGAGAAUAAACGUCGCGACAAGCUCGCGGAAGCUAAUCAAGUUGCUAGCAAUGGAGUUGUCGAGACGGUUGAUUCGGAUGGGGGCAAAGUCGCUCGAAUCGUGGAUAAUAGUCAGUUGGAUUUGACUGACAGGGAGAAUUUGACUUUCCGAUAUGUACUCUAA